UACGUUGUUCAUCACAGCCCAAAGUAGCUGCAUCGGCUUGUCUGAGUAUCAUAAAUUUUUUGACAUCUUCCGCGAAAGCCCACCUGGCUGCGGAGGACCGAUUGGCGAGUGCUGAUUUUAAAGUACAGGAAGUAACAGUUGCUGACGCACAGGGGACGGAAGAAAUGCGCGCUUCUUUGAUGACACCUUGUGUGGCGAGGUCCACGGGCGUGACCCAGCCGCGCCCGAUCCAAGCGCCCAACGUUAACCGUGGCGCUCCUAGAGGUGUCGCCUGUAGCGCAACCACCGCUUGGGACAGCUGGACGUCGUACAUUUCAAAGCACCGGGCGGACUCUGCCAGCGCCCCGGCUUCCAAGUCGGAGCUCGACUACGGCCGUGAGAUUGCGGCCGCCAUUCGGAGCUCCGCGGGCAGCUUUAAGUCGAAGUAUGCGACGGGGGAAACGAACGUGCCAUCCAGCGGCGGUGCCGCUGGCAUCUCGGACUUCAAGCUGUCCCAUGUGGGCGAUAUCAACCUCAACGAGCUGCCGCGCGAUCUCCACGAGCGGCUGGAGGCCCUGGCCAGUGUGCAGCUGAAGCAGGCUCUUGGCAAGCCCAACGCCGACUUAGAUGCCGCCUCCAUAUCAUUCACCACCACGGAUGUCGACGCGGCACUGUGCGUGUCGGGGGUCACACUGCAGCAGGGUCUCGACAAGACGGCACUGAUUGCGUUUGUGGCCACGGAGACGGAGCGCCAGGCUUCCUGGUCCCGUCUCGAGGGCCUCAUUCUGCACUGGGGCGCAACGGAUGCGGCCGGGGGCGCCUGGGGCUUGCCGCCUCAGGGUUGGGCCGCCUCGCCCAACAAGGUCGUAGACGCGGGCGGCGCCUGGCAAUGCUCGUUUGAGAAGCAGCAGAUGUCGGGCCCAGAGGGCAAUUCGGCCGUGUACGUGUUGCUGCUGCAGGUUCCGUUGCGCGGCAUCCUCAAGGCGGGUGGCCUUGUGUUCGUGCUCAAGGCCACUGCGGGCCAGAACACUCGCUGGCUGAAGGACGAGGCCACCAAGAAAGACUUCUUCCUGGACACCACCCGCUUCCCGGUCAUCAAGGCGUCUCACCAAUACGGGCAGCCCCCGCCGGCAGCAGCGCGGUACUACAUUCAGCACAUGCAGGGCCGCACAUGCGAGAUGGGCGAAGGGAACUAUUCGGACAGCGGUUAUAAUGAUAACCCCAAGCAAGCUCGGGAACUCUACCUUGUGGCGGCGGCGGUAGUGGAAGACCUUACGAUCAAGGAUCAGCGCGGCGGCGUAGCCGGCUAG